AUGCCUUUUAACAACUUCUUUUGGGACUUCAAUGGCUCCACUCACGUUGUCUUGUGCAUCGAGACAUCAAGCCCGGCAAUAUCGGAGUUCGCUUUGGGCAUCUUCAUGUUUCAAUCCUCGACCUUGGUUCGGUUGUCUUAUUCCCUCUUUACGAGGCGAGCUAGUAACUGUACAUCAUCUUGCACCAGAAAUGGAGCUCGAAGCUAUAAUGAGGAAGUCGAUAUUUACGCGAGUAGCCUUUUUGGGUGCGAAAUCUUCUUAGACCAUCAUCCUUGGCUGCUGUCUGUUAAUCCAUGGCGCCCUGAUAAGAAUCCAAGGCUUAGGGAGUACAAAUCACGUCAUGAACAGUCCCUAAGGUCCUUGAAUCACAAGACAGGGGCUAAAAGUGCUGAAAAACUUCGUCCCAUUACGCGCGAUAAGAGCGGCUGGGGGUUUAUGGAGUGUUUCUCCUUGGUGGUGAAUGCUUAUUGGAAGAUCCUUUGUUUCCAAUUCUGA